AUGAAGAGUUCUGCUGAGAAAGAAGUUGCACAAAUCCUGGAUAAACGUACGCGCCGUAUUGGAAGACCCAAACGAGAACUGACAGAGUUCUUAGUGAAAUGGAAGGAUCUCCCCGACGAAGAGAUUAGUUGGGAGCGGGCCGAAGACUUGAAGAGUGCAGCUCCAGCAUCGCAGAUUUUGAACAAGAGUACGGGGUUGACAAUAGCAGUUCUCAUUAUGUACGUUGACGAUAUUGUGCUCUCCGGUGAUGAUGAUGUUGAAAUUGUGAAACUCAAGGCAAAGAUGGCCAAAGAGUUUGAAAUUAAAGACCUUGGGAAGUUAAGAUACUUCCUCAAAAUGGAAGUAGUCCAGUCUAGGGACGGAAUAGUGUCUCAACGGAAAUACACGAUUGAUCUUCUAAUGGAAACAGGAAUGACUGGGUGUAAACCUGUUGACACCCCAGUUGAAUAUAAUUCAAAGCUCAACAAUACUAGUAAUCCGGCUCCUUGUGAAGAACACAUGAUAGCAGUUGCACGCAUCCUUCGAUAUCUAAAAGGUACACCAGGUAAGGGGUUAAUGUUCAAGAAGUCUGAUACAUGUUGUAUUGAAGCCUACCCUGAUUCUGAUUGGGCAGGGUCUGUUGUUGAUAGAAAAUCAACAUCAAGGUAUUGCACAUUUGUUUGGGGUAAUCUUGUGACCUGGAGGAGCAAGAAAUAG